AGCAGCCUAGUCCAGUGGAGCAGGGCGGGCGUGGGAAUCCGGGCUGGGCCCAGGCCGCCAGGUUUCCAGGCCCCGCCCGCCCUGACAGUCCUGAUGGGCAGACUCUGGCCCGGUCCUAGACCCCCACCGCUGCAACUUCCACAUUCAGGAGGAGGCAAGAUGGCGAGUGGGCCAAAUGGGCUCGAGGAGUGGGUGGGCAGCGCAUACCUGUUUGUGGAGUCCUCGCUGGAUAAAGUGGUCCUGUCUGAUGCCUACGCUCACCCCCAGCAGAAGGUGGCGGUGUACAGGGCUCUGCGGACUGCACUGGCAGAGAGUGUUGGGAGUCCGGAGGUGCUGCAGAUGCUCAAGAUCCACCGCAGUGAACCGCAGCUGAUUGUGCAGGUGCGUUUCUGCGGACGCCAGCCCUGCAGCCGCUUCCUGCGCGCUUAUCGCGAGGGGGCGCUGCGCGCCGCGCUGCAAGGGUGCUUGGCAGCAGCACUCGCCCAGCAUUCGGUGCCGUUGGAACUGGAGCUGCGCGCUGGCGUGGAGCGACUGGAUACCUUGCUGACGGAUGAAGAGCGCUGUUUGAGUUGUAUCUUCGCCCAGAAGCCUGAUCGGCUCCGGGACGACGAGCUCUCUGAGUUAGAGGAUGCGCUCCGGAAUCUGACAUGCGGCUCAGGGGGCCAGGGUAGCGACGUGGAGGUCGCUCCGGUGCCCUCGCAGUCCCUGGAUGCCUCUCUCUCAGACGAGAAGCCGCCGCCGCCGCCGCCGCCAUCUGGUCAGACUUUUCUGUUCCAGGGUCAGCCCAUAGUGAACCGGCCGCUGAGCCUGCAGGACCAACAGACGUUCGCGCGCUCAGUAGGCCUCAAGUGGCGCAAAGUUGGGCGCUCCUUGCAGCGAGGCUGUCGUGCGCUGCGGGACCCGGCGCUCGACUCACUGGCCUAUGAGUACGAGCGCGACGGGCUGUACGAGCAGGCCUUCCAGCUGCUGCGGCGCUUCGUGCAGGCCGAGGGUCGCCGCGCCACGCUGCAGCGCCUGGUAGAGGCACUAGAGGAGAACGAGCUCACCAGCCUGGCAGAGGACUUGCUGGGCCUGGCGAAUCCCGAUGGCAGCCUGGCCUAGGUUGGGUACCAGAGAAAGGGACGAACGGCCAGUUGUCCAGCCCAGGUUUGGAGCACUUGGAUGACCCUAGAGUCCCUUCUGCUGCUACUGCUGGGCUCUGUCCAUCCAUGGGACUCUGAGACCACACUUAUAACCCCACUUAGCCGAACUGUUGGAGCUGCUGGGCAGUGUUGAUUGCCUUCUUUGAGUUGGGCAAGCACCCACCAUGCCUACUGGGGUGCCACUGGGGAUUUGGCUCCAGAUACUAUGACAGAGACAGAGUGCAUGGGUGACCUGCUGCAGCAGUCUGCCCACCCCAAAUGAAGGGCUUCUGGCCAGCCCUUACCUCUUCACUCACUGAACAGGUAACUGCUCAUUAAGCACUUGCUGUGUCCUAGUUAUCAUCCUGGUGCUGUAAAUACUGUGGUGAACAAGAUACAUGAAACUGCCUGGCCCCAGUUCAUACUCAGUGUCGGACUGCAAAUAUUAAGCAACUGUAAUAAAAUAUCACCUGUU